CUCCUCCCGGGGCCGCUUUGGGGCUUUUAACUUUCGCUUUCAUUUGAGCGGCCGCAGACCCUCUCGGCGGCGGCUCGGAGACGGCCGGCCCCUCGUGCCGCUGGAGCGCCGUGGGAAGGCACCCGGACUUGGGACACCCGGUACCAUUCGGGAUUUGGGGAAGGGUCUAUAGCCUGACCUUCACUCCGGAUAGCCAGCCACCACCUAGGUUCAUAAUUCACUUCUGCCUCCUGUUAGCUGUGUGGCUUUGGGCAGAUUACUUAACCUGGUCUGAGGAAACCGAAGUUUCUUCUGCAAUACAAGAUGGCAGACGAUCAAGGCCAUGUUGUGGAGCAGGAGGCUGGGGAUUCAGCAAGCAAUGAUACAGUUGAUGCAAAGCCAGACCGGUCCUCUUUUGUCCCAUCACUCUUCAGUAAGAAGAAGAAAAAUGACUCAGGGAAAUCAGUCAAGACUGCCCGGGACCAAGUGCCUACGUAUCAGUAUAACAUGAAUUUUGAGAAAGUGGGCAAAUGCAUCAUCAUAAACAACAAGCACUUCGACAGAGGGACAGGAAUGGGUGUCCGCAGCGGAACAGACAGAGAUGCUGAGGCUCUUUUCAAGUGCUUCCGAAGCCUGGGUUUUGAAGUGACCGUCUAUAAUGACUGCUCUUGUGCCAAGAUGCAAGAUCUGCUGAAAAAAGCUUCUGAAGAGGACCACAGAAACUCAGCCUGCUUCGCCUGCAUCUUAUUAAGCCAUGGAGAAGAAAAUUUAAUUUACGGAACAGAUGGCAAGACAGCAAUAAAGGACUUGACAGUUUAUUUUAGGGGGGAUCGAUGUAAAACCCUGUUAGAGAAACCCAAACUCUUCUUCAUUCAGGCUUGCCGGGGCACAGAGCUCGAUGAUGGAAUCCAGGCCGACUCGGGGCCUAUCAAUGACACAGAUGCUAAUCCCCAGUAUAAGAUCCCAGUCGAAGCCGACUUUCUCUUCGCCUAUUCCACAGUUCCAGGCUAUUACUCAUGGAGGAGCCCAGGGAGUGGCUCCUGGUUUGUGCAGGCCCUCUGCUCCAUCCUGAACGAGCACGGGAAGAGCCUGGAGAUCUUGCAGAUCCUCACCAGGGUGAAUAACAAGGUGGCCAGGCACUUUGAAUCUCAUUCUGAUGACCCGCACUUCCACGGGAAGAAGCAGAUCCCCUGUGUGGUCUCCAUGCUCACCAAGGAACUCUACUUCUGAAGAUGACCAUUCCAGGGGCGCCUUCCAGCUGAGAAGCUAUGGAUCAUGUGUUGAUGAACCAG